AUGUCCUUUGCGAUACCGCAUCCGCCCUCGGCUUCGUCAGACUCUGGCUCUUCAGCCUCGCUCACUCCCACCGCCGCCCACGGCUACACCAGCAACACUGGCUUCUCAGAUCCUUCCUCCUCAACAUCUUCAUCAGCCGCACCCGCUUCUAGCUCUCUCUUCAGCUCAGAAGAGUCCAAGUUUAUCACCGACUCGCUUUCUUCCGCUGAGUCGUUUGAUCCUUUCACCAUCGGCGCUCCGGGCUUCAAGGUUCCUUCCUUGUUGCCGCCCAACAUUGCUGCCUCGCACGACCACCUCGCGUCCCAAACGCCAUCUGCAUCCGGAUCUUUGGCUAGCAUGGUACCCGAUAUCAAUUCGAGUCUCGAAAUUCGAUCAAGAAGUCUGUCCGCUCAGCAAUCGCAUCCACUUGGAUAUAGUACAUCUUCACCUGGCCAACAGGGGGCAGAUGCCUAUGGCAAUGCAGCCGCCGCACACAGGCUGAAUAGCUUCAAUCUCUACGGCCAUCGGCCUUCAGGCGCUACACCUCCCGCAGCUUCCAGCAAUACCUCGAGUCCAUCCUACUUUAAUCACCUGCACGACAGCUUCCCAUACGCACAUCCUAGUAACCGUCAUGCGUCCUUUUCCGCUGCAUCCAAUCUGCCAAUUUCUCCCGGUCCUGCAGCUGGAUACGGUAAGAACAAGGCAUGGCAGAUGGAGCAAUUGUCCUUCCUCGAAGCGCAAGCCAGCCGUGGCCAGCAGCAGCAGCAGCAGCAACAACAACAAUUUGCCUCCGCCCUUCCGCACUAUAUGGGCGCGCACAGCGAUCACCAACGACGGUCGAGUACUUCGAUGAUCGGUCGUCCGUUACCGUACGACAAUCUUUUUUUCGGUACACCGGCGCAUCUUCAGCAACACCAGCAAGCACAGCAUAUGGAGCAACAGCAACAGCAUCAGCAACAGCAUCAGCAACAGCAUCAGCAACAGCAUCAGCCACAAGCUCCCUUCUAUCUGGGUGGUGAGGAUCCUCAAGCCGGGCUUGCAAUGUUGGGUGCGCAAUUUCCGAGCAGCCACAAUUUUGGCUCGUUGCAACAGGGCAUGACGCAAGCGCAACAGCAUCAGCAACUCGAAGGAUCUAGAGCGGCAAAUGGCAUGCCUGGUGGGUUCUCGGCUCAGGCGCUGGCAAUGCUCAAUGGCGAUGCUGGUUUGGGUGCUAUUGCGUCGAUCGUAGCAGAUGACGGCGCUGCGGGUGGCCUGACGCCAAAAGGUAGGAGUGUGCGUACGCCGACCGACCACGAAACAGCCAGGGCUGGACGUGCGGCCGCAGCGUUGGCAGCGGCAUCUGCUUCGCCAUCCGGCUCUGCAGGAGGGACUAAACGAAUGUCGAGCGGUGCACCCAAGACCGCACCCACUCAAGGAUCAUCGCUCAACUCGGGCCCCUCAGGCAGUGUGAUUCGCGCGCUCGGCGAUCUAGCCAACCUGGAUCUUGAUCUCGAGACAGCCAUUCGAACACUUCCUGCACAUCUGCACUCGUACUUCGCCCCGGCACGCAUGGAUAAGCGCACCCAACCGCAUCUGGAGAUGCUACGACAGCAGCAUAUCGAAAAUGGGCUGAUUGAUCCUACUACAGGCUUGGAAAUUAAACCCGAACCCACCGAAGAAGAUCUCAAGAAGGAAGCCGAGGAAGCGGAGCGCGAGAAGAAACAGCACACGUUGCUCACGACCGAGGAGAAGAAGGCAAACCACAUUGCGUCGGAGCAAAAGAGGCGAGCGAAUAUCCGUAAGGGAUACGAACUAUUGUGUGAUAUCGUUCCGAGUCUCAAGGAGGCGCUCGAGCGCGAGGCUUGCAGCAAGAAACGAGAAGAUGAGGAAGAGGAGAGCGACUCUGACGAUGACGAGGACAAUGGUAAAGGUGCCAAAAAGAAAAAGGCAGCCGGCACGGGUAGGAAGGGCGAAGAGGGAAGUGGAGGGGGCAUCGAGAUCGAUGGUGAGAAGAUCGAUGGUCGAGCCGGCCCGAGAUCGGAAGCGGUGGUGUUGAUGAAGAGUCUCGAUCAUAUAGGAGCGCUCGUGGAGCAGUACAGGGGGUUGUUGGGCAGAAGAAAUCGAGCAAGAUUGGCGGUCGCCAAGAAGUUUGGUUGGGAUGGCUUGGCGAAACAACCGGUGCCAGAUAUAGAUCGGUUGAUGGCGAUCAAGGUUCAAGACUGGUGGGCGAAUCAUGAUGGCGAGGAAGAGGGUGACGGGAUUGGAAGCCGGAUUGAACAAAGGCUGGAUGCGUUCGACAAGGAGCAGGAGCGCGAACGAGACGCUGCUGAAUUCGACAACGGCGCCGUCGAGGCAGGCGACGGAAGGGGCAAGAAAAAGGCAAAGGGCAAGAAAGCCGCCACUGUGGCCAAGAAGAAGAAGUCUACAGCGGCGGUCAAGGCUGAAGAAGACAAUGUCAUGCAUGACUGA